AUGGUGACAGGUGUCAGUGUGAAGGAUAAGUGGCCUGUUGCAGAUCAGGGCAUUAUGCUGGAGCGGAAGAAUGAGCAGGCUGGAGAAACAUACCUGAAUCCCUCGUUUGACUUCGGGGUACAACAUGCAGAUAAUAGGAAGCUGCUGCUCCGAGUGCGUGACAUUGUGUAUGGCGAACUAAUGGAUGAGAAGACGCGACCGGAGUUCAUGAAUGAUUCAACCAUGUUGAUCACUGCGGACACAGUGUACGAGUUAGCAAAAACCUUAUGGAGCGGCUUCAAGGAGGCUUACCGUGGGCAAAUCAGAGCGGACAAGAAGGUGCUGCAGGAACGCAAUGCGCAGAAUACAAGACGUAUGCAGUGCCGUAGACUGAAAUCCAGUAAACUUCUACUUGGCAUUCCCACCUAUAUCAAAGAACAUGGUGUCGACCCGAGGGAGCUGAUAACCCCCGAGAUGAUGUCAGAUGACGCCUCCGGACCUGAGAUUGUAGGUGAAGAAACCAAGGACGACUGGAGGAAACGUAUGGCAGAGGAAGCUGGGAUGGGAGAGCUGCCGGACUCUGUCUUGCAGAAGCUUAGAUUUUUUGAGAUCAUAAGGCCCAAUUGGCGUUCUGAAGAGUACUCCGAUAUCUUGCACAAGCUGUGGGACUAUUUCUGGGCGACUCUGCAACCUAAAGACCGGCAGGAAUUCAAUCAGCGUGUGUACUCAGAAACACGAUCAAGCGAUCAUCCUCCUGCCAUUGCUCCAUUCAACUUCGGCAUCAAUCGUGAGUGGUACGAGAAACACAAGGACACAUACCCAAACUCCGUGUUGCUGCACGACUGGUAUACCUUUGGUGAUCCUGCUGGCUUCGGGCAACAUGCGGACAGUACUCAGGGAGGAGCAGACGAUGAUCCUGCUGUCGGGGGAGAUGAGGAUGAGCCCAAUGCCCAUGGAGCACACGGAUCAACUUGUUCCACACACCGGUCUCGCUCGCAAUCUCCCAGCUUCCACUCCGGUACACCUUCCGGCAGCGACUCAGAGUCCAGUGACGACAACUCAAAUUAA